UCUUCCUCACACUCCAACCUCCUCCUGUCUCCUUCUCUCUCUCUUAAAAAAAAACGCGACGAAUCCGACGGAAAAAUCGGAGAGGAAAAUCCGCGCCGCGAAACCAACCGAGGUGGUGGUGGUUAGGGUUUGACACUCUCACCGCCCCCGCCUCAACCGCGAGCGUCUCCGGCGGCGAUCCCACGGGCCGCCGCGCGUCGGUGGGGGGCACCCGAUCGACCUAGAUCUCGCAUGAGGGAGCCCCGAAUCGGCCAGAUCUAGGGAGCUCUUCGCGGACAUGCAGCCCGGCGAGGCACCCCCCUCCUCCGGGGGCUCGCCGGCGACGUCGCCGCGGCCGCCGCCGGCGGUGGCGCAGGGGCAGCAGCAGCUAGGGUUUAGGAAUCAGGCAAUGAUGCAUCACCAUGAUCAGCAGCAGCAGCAGCAGCAAGGGUACCCAUCGGGCGCGCCGCAUGGUAUGAUGGGAGGUGGUGGCAGCAGUAGUUUCCCUCCGUCCUCAGGCCCAAUGCCCCCGUUCCAGGGCCAGAGGAACAUGCCGCUACCCGGUGGACCGCAGGGUCUGGCUGGAGGCCAGCAGCAUAACCCGACGGCGAUGCAGCAAGCAUACCUGCAGUACAUGAUGCAGCAGCAGCAGCAGAAGGCCCAUGGGAUGCUCCUCCAGCAGCAACAGCAGGCCAAGAUGAAUAUGGCAGGGCCAUCUACAAGGGACCAGGAUGUGGCUGCCAACACUGCAAAAAUGCAGGAGCUUAUGUCCCUUCAGGCUCAGGCCCAGGCCCAGAUGUUCAAGAGACAACAAUCUGAGCAUCUUCAACAGGCAGAGAAGCAGGCGGAGCAAGGGCAGCCGAGCAAUAGCGAGCAAAGGAGUGGUGAUAUGAGGCCACCUUCGAUGCCACCACAAGGGGUCCCUGGGCAGCAGUUGUCAUCGGCGGGUAUGGUGAGGCCGAUGCAGCCAAUGCAAGGGCAAGCUGGCAUGAGCAAUGCUGGAGCUAACCCGAUGGCAAUGGCCCAACUUCAAGCUAUCCAGGCCUGGGCCAAAGAGCACAAUGUUGACCUGUCCAAUCCUGCAAAUGUGACUCUCAUUUCUCAAAUCCUACCAAUGUUGCAGUCAAACAGAAUGGCUGCCAUGCAGAAGCAGAAUGAGGUAGGCAUGGCGUCACAGCAGCAGUCUGUACCCUCACAGAUGAACAAUGAUGCACCAGGACAUAGUAAUUUUCCUAGUCAGGGUGCCCCAUCGAAGCCCCGACAGCCUCUUCCACCAAGCACCUCUGUUUCUGGUGGGGCAGAGCCUAAGAUGAUGAAUAUGAGCAACAUGCAGAUGCAACAACAGUUAGCAGCUCAUAACAGAGAUAGCUCGAAUGACAGGGCUGCGAGGCCAGCCAUGUCAAUGGGCAAUGGUGGACAAAUGAUGCAUAUGCCCCAAAGUUCUGGACAUGCAAACAAGAUUCCUGAGCAGCCCAAUCCAAAAAAUGCAAAUUCCGAAGCAAUGCAGAUGCAAUAUGCAAGACAGUUGCAGCAGGCUAACCGAGCUACUGCCCCUUCAGCAAAUUCUGGUGAAACAGGAGGAUCACAGGCCCCAAAUCAAGCUGCCCGACCACCUAUGGGUUUCACCAAACAUCAGCUUCAUGUACUUAAAGCUCAGAUAUUAGCUUUUCGGCGUCUGAAGCGUGGUGAUAAGAAGCUACCACCAGAAGUUCUUGAUUUAAUCAUGUCUGGACCACCACCUGAUUCACAAGCGCAGCAGGUUUCUGGACCUCCAGUAACAAACCGUGAAAGAUCUGCUACAAGCAGCGCUGAUGAACAUGGAAGACCUGUGGAGAGUGGUGGUAUAGCUCCUGAAAGAUCUUCCCUGUUGAAGGCGCCCUGUUUACCAAAGGUGGAGGUUUCUGCUCCAGAAGACAAAACUAUUCCUGCUAGUGGUCCCAUGCAAGUGAUGAAAGCUUCACCCAAGGAACCUCUUAGAAUUGGACCAGUUUCAAUGCCUGAACAAACCAACACCACCCUGAUUAAAUCUGAGCAGGAUCCAGAAAGGGGUAUCCAGAGAACACCUGGGAGAAGUGAUUACAAUGGUGAAAGGGGGAAAUCUUUGCCAGCAGAAAGUGGUUCAGCAGACGCUGAGCAGGCAAAAAGAGCUGCCUCAUCAAGUAGCGUGCCUACUCCCAACAGAGAUGUUUCAAGAAAAUACCAUGGGCCACUAUUUGACUUUCCAUCCUUUACCAGGAAACAUGAUUCCAUGGUGUCUGCAAAUUACAACAGUAAUCUAGCACUCGGUUAUGACGUGAAGGAUUUGUUAGCUCAGGAAGGCAUGAUAGUUCUUGGCAAGAAACGGGAGGAUAAUUUAAAAAAGAUCAGUGGCUUGCUUGCAAUUAAUCUAGAGAGGAAAAGGAUCCAACCAGAUCUUGUUUUAAGGCUGCAGAUUGAAGAAAAGAAGCUGAAACUCCUUGAAUUUCAGGCUCGUAUGAGGGAUGAAGUUGAACAGGAGCAACAAGAAAUAAUGGCAAUGCCUGAUAGGGUGUACAGAAAGUUUGUCAGACAAUGUGAACGCCAGCGUGUUGAGCUUACAAGGCAAGUUCAGCAGAUGCAGAAAGCCUCAAGAGAAAAGCAGCUCAAAUCCAUUUUCCAGUGGCGCAAGAAGCUUUUGGAGGCACACUGGGCCAUUCGUGAUGCACGGAUUACUCGUAACCGAGGGGUAGCCAAGUACCAUGAAAGGAUGCUGAGGGAAUUCUCAAAGAAAAAGGAUGAUGAUCGAAACAAAAGAAUGGAGGCACUGAAAAACAAUGACGUGGAAAGAUAUCGUCAAAUAUUAUUGGAACAACAAACCAGUGUUCCUGGCGAUGCAGCUCAAAGAUACAAUGUUCUAUCUUCUUUCUUGACCCAGACUGAGGAGUAUCUCUAUAAACUUGGAGGGAAAAUAACUGCUGCCAAGAAUCAUCAGCAAGUUGAAGAGGCGGCAAAUGCUGCUGCUGCUGCUGCCCGAGCACAGGGUCUUUCUGAAGAAGAAGUGAAGGCUGCUGCACAAUGUGCUGGUCAGGAGGUUAUGAUAAGGAACACAUUCUCUGAAAUGAAUGCGCCCAGGGAAAACACAUCUGUUAAUAAGUACUACACAUUGGCUCAUGCUGUGAAUGAGAGAGUUACAAGGCAGCCCUCACUGCUGCGAGCAGGAACGUUAAGGGACUACCAGCUGGUGGGCCUUCAAUGGAUGCUUUCCUUGUACAAUAAUAAGUUGAAUGGUAUUUUGGCUGAUGAGAUGGGUCUUGGCAAGACCGUACAGGUUAUGUCUCUGAUUGCAUACUUGAUGGAAUUUAAAGGGAAUUAUGGACCACAUCUCAUAAUUGUACCGAAUGCUGUCUUGGUCAACUGGAAGAGUGAAUUGCUGAACUGGUUGCCAUCUGCAUCUUGCAUCUUUUAUGUUGGUGCAAAGGAUCAACGUCAAAAAUUAUUCUCUCAGGAGGUUCUGGCUGUGAAAUUCAAUGUUCUUGUAACAACAUAUGAAUUUGUUAUGUAUGACCGUUCCAAGCUUUCAAGAAUUGAUUGGAAGUACAUUAUUAUUGAUGAGGCCCAACGGAUGAAGGACAGAGAGUCAGUCUUGGCGCGAGAUCUUGAUCGUUAUCGUUGCCAACGGCGUUUGCUUCUCACUGGCACUCCUCUACAGAAUGAUCUUAAGGAGCUUUGGUCCCUCCUAAAUUUGUUGCUACCAGAAGUAUUUGACAACCGUAAGGCAUUUCAAGAUUGGUUCUCAAAACCUUUUCAGAGAGAUGUUCCUACACAUAGUGAAGAAGAAGAUGAUUGGCUGGAAACUGAGAAAAAAGUAAUUAUUAUUCAUAGGCUGCAUCAAAUUUUGGAACCUUUUAUGCUACGAAGGCGUGUUGAAGAUGUUGAAGGCUCACUUCCAAGAAAGGAGUCAAUUGUUUUGAGGUGCAGAAUGUCUGGUAUUCAAGGUGCUAUAUAUGAUUGGAUAAAAUCCACUGGCACCAUCAGGGUUGAUCCUGAAGAUGAGAAAGCACGUAUUCAGAGGAAUGCAAUGUACCAGGCUAAGACAUAUAAGAAUCUCAAUAACAAAUGCAUGGAGCUGAGGAAAGUUUGCAACCAUCCAUUGCUGUCAUAUCCUUUUAUGAAUUACUAUGGAAAAGAUUUUAUAAUCAGAUCUUGUGGGAAGUUGUGGAAUCUUGAUAGGAUUUUAAUUAAGCUUCAUAGGUCAGGUCACCGUGUACUCCUUUUCAGCACUAUGACAAAACUUCUUGACAUCCUGGAAGAAUAUUUGCAAUGGAGGCAACUUGUUUACAGAAGAAUUGAUGGAACAACUAGCUUGGAAGAUCGUGAAUCAGCAAUUGUUGACUUCAACAGGCCUAAUUCUGAUUGUUUUAUAUUCUUGCUUAGUAUUCGGGCUGCUGGCAGGGGUCUGAAUCUUCAGAGUGCAGACACUGUUGUAAUUUAUGACCCUGAUCCGAAUCCACAAAAUGAAGAGCAAGCAGUUGCUAGGGCCCAUCGUAUAGGGCAGACUAGGGAUGUAAAAGUUAUUUACAUGGAGGCUGUUGUUGAUAACAUCUCAAGUUAUCAGAAAGAGGAUGAGUUGAGGAAUGGGGGAAGUGGAGAUCUGGAGGAUGAUCUUGCGGGAAAGGACAGGUACAUGGGUUCAAUAGAAAGUCUCAUCCGCAAUAAUAUCCAACAGUACAAAAUUGACAUGGCAGAUGAAGUCAUUAAUGCUGGUCGAUUUGAUCAAAGAACAACCCAUGAGGAAAGGCGGAUGACUUUGGAAACACUCCUGCAUGAUGAAGAGAGAUAUCAAGAAACUGUUCAUGACGUUCCUUCACUACAGCAAGUUAACCGCAUGAUUGCUCGGACUGAAGAAGAAGUUGAGCUAUUUGAUCAGAUGGAUGAAGAAUUUGAUUGGACAGGAGAUAUGAUGAAACACAAUCAAGCUCCCAAGUGGCUCCGUGUUAGCUCCACGGAGCUUGAUGCUGUUGUUGCGAGUUUAUCCAAAAAGCCCUUGAGAAAUAUGGCGGCUGGGGGAAUUUCUCUUGACACUAAUGAAAAACUUGAGAAACGAAGGGGGCGACCUAAGGGGUCUGGGAAGUACUCCAUCUACAGGGAGAUUGAUGAUGACGAUUUUGAGGAAUCUGAUGAUGAUUCUGAAGAGAGGAAUACCUCAUCUCUGCCUGAAGAAGGGGAAAUAGGAGAAUUUGAAGAUGAAGAGGACAAUGAUGAUUCAGUGCCUGAUAAUAAGGAUCAAUCAGAGGAAGAAGAGCCUAUCAAUGAUGAAGGGUAUGAUUUUUCACAUGGGAUGGGACGCAGAAAAGCCCAUAGAUCUGAAGAAGCUGGUUCAACAGGAUCUUCAUCUGGUGGCCGUAGAUUGCCACCACCUGCACCUUCCUCCUCUUCAAAAAAAUUGCGGUCUUUGUCUGCAUUAGAUUCCCGCCCGGGUGCUUUGUCAAAGAGAACUGCAGAUGACCUAGAGGAAGGAGAAAUUGCAUUAUCAGGGGAUUCACAUCUGGAUCUCCAGCAGUCAGGCAGCUGGAAUCAUGAACGAGAUGAUGGUGAGGAUGAACAGGUAGUACAGCCAAAAAUAAAGCGCAAGCGGAGUAUCCGUAUUCGUCCAAGACCUAAUGCAGAAAAACUGGAUGAUAGAUCCGGUGAUGGGACCGUCCCUCAACGUGGUGUUCAUCUUGCAUUUCAAGGAGAUGGUGAUUAUGAUUCACAAUUUAAGUCUGAGCAAGCCUUUGCUGAUCCUGCUUCCAGGCAGCAAGACACAGUUCAUCGGACAGUAAAACAAAAGCGUAACAUGCCAUCUAGAAAGGCUCCCCCUGCCACUAAGGCUGGGAAAAUGACUCAGCUGUCUGGAUCUGGUGAGGGAUCUGCUGAACAUUCUAAGGAAAAUUGGAGUAACAAGGUGAUAGAAUCUGCUGGUCCAAAUUCAAGUGGAACAAAGAUGUCUGACAGUAUGCAAAGAAAGUGCAAGAACGUGAUAAACAAGCUUUGGAGGAGGAUUGACAAAGAGGGUCAUCAAAUCAUACCAAAUAUAUCUUCUUGGUGGCGUAGGAACGAGAAUUCCUCAUUCAAAGGUUUGGCUAGCAGCACCCUUGAUCUACAGAAAAUUGAACAACGAGUUGAUGGAUUUGAGUAUGGCGGUGUGAAUGAAUUCAUAGCUGACAUGCAGCAGAUGCUGAAAAGUGUGGUUCAACAUUUCAGCUAUAGGCAUGAGGUCCGAGUAGAAGCUGAGACCCUCCACAACUUAUUUUUCAAUAUAAUGAAGAUUGCCUUUCCGGACUCAGACUUCAGAGAAGCUAAGGGUGCUAUGUCAUUUUCGAAUCCUGGAGGAGGUGCAAGUGGCUCUGCUGCGCAAUCAACAAAGCAAUCUGCUUCAGGCCAGAAACGUCGUUCAAGCACCAGUGAAGCGGAGCAGCAUGGUUCAAGCACUAGCAGACACAAUCAGCAUGCACCAGUUGGUGAGGUUUCAGGCCGGGCCCACACUUCAAAAUCUGAGAAGGACUCCCGGCAUUCUGGACCAGGUAGCAGGGAACAGUUCACGGAUAGCGCAGGGCUGUUCAGGCACCCUACAGAUAUGUUCAUAGUUAAGAAGAAGAGAGAUCGAAGGCCGAGCCUGGGGUCUCCAUCCAGUUCAGGCCGAACUGGACCGCUCUCCCCGACCAACGCCGGGCGGAUGGGACCGGCGCCAUCACCUAGAGGUGCCAGGACGCCCUUCCAAAGAGAUCCACACCCUUCUCAGCAGUCUAUGCAUUCAGCUGGAUGGGGUGCUCAUUCUGUGCAGCAAUCUGAUCGUGGGGGGAGUUCAUCACCCGGCAUUGGAGACAUCCAGUGGGCUAAACCUACCAAGAGAUCGAGGACUGAUAGUGGCAAAAGACGGCCAAGCCAUAUGUGAAAAAGAAAAGAGGGAUUGUUAUUCUUGGCAUUGCGGUGUACAUUCCUUAGCACCCUUGAAUCUUGAUUGACCUCUCUACCCGCUGCUGAUUCUGGAGCCCAUUGGCCUGGUUUUGACACCCAUUUCUUCGUCGCCAUUCCUGCCAUCCUUCAAAGAAGUUAUCACGACCGUCUGGGACUGACUUGUGUUGUCAUGGACAUUGUGGGAAAUGUGGGUAGGAGUAAUCGUUCUUGUAUGUUGGUAUUUUCUGUAAAGGGCAAACACAUUUAAUCUUGUUCUCUGUUGACUGUUAAGUAGCGCUCCAUCCAACUGGAGAUGUGAUGGCGAUCUCAUGUCAUGAUGAUGUAGUUUAGUAGCCAUGGAAUGAAAUGAAAUGAAGCUGAGCCGGUUAUAAUAGUUGUAUAUCUCCA